UACGAAAUAGGGGUAUUCAGCAAGUUGACAAAUUUUUGUUUAGUCGGAAUUGAUGUUUUGAAGACAUUUUAUAGUCUAUUUAAACCUGAGAAAUGUGAUAACUUAUUAUCUAUACAUCUGUUGCUGGAUGUUACAUUGUUGAUUGUAUGAUGGUUGGCAACAAAAAUGGUAUACCAUUACCUAAUUUUACUACUGACACUGAAUUGCAAUUUGUUGUCUUAACAAUAUCAAGAACUAUUAUGGACAUUGAUAUCCGUGAGUUGAUAGAUGAUGAGGAUGAUGAAAAUCAAGAAGAAAUGACUGCUCAGAAGGUAUUACAAAAUGUUGAACGUGCAUGGUUAAACGAAAAAUUUAGUCCAGAAAUACUGCCACAUCAGACAGACUAUGUUGAAUGUUUGUUAGAACAAAUCAAGGGAAUGGAAGGAAACCUUGCUAAAUUAUCAAAAACUGAUCCAAAAGUGGACUUACACAAACUUGAACUAGAGCGUAUUAAAUUUGUAAUUACUAGCUAUUUACGAACUAGGUUGAAGAAAAUAGAAAGUUUUUGUGUGAGUGUGCUUGAAGAAGAAGCCACUCGUUCUGAAGAAGAUAAGUAUUUAUCGCCAGCAGAAUUGAAAUUUGCUAAAGAAUUUUCUUUGAAUGCAGACAAUCAUUUUGAUACUAUUCUCCGGCAUAUGCCUCAAUUAUACAACAAAUUGGAUAGAAAUAAAAAAAUUAUCGAGCCCAAUUUAAAUAGUUUUGUUUUCUUAAAAUGUAACAAGCAUAUAGACAGUGUUAUUAUUAAAAAUACAUUAGAAGGCCAGGAAGAAGAAAUUGUAUUAGAAGAUGGUUCUCAGCAUUUGAUGCCUUAUAGUUCAGUUGCGGAAUUCGUUAAAAAUGGUACUGUUCAAUUGAUUUAAAGUGUUAAAUAAAAGUUCAACAUUCAUUCUUCAUCCAAUUUAUUUUUAUAUUAUAGAAUUUAAAUUAAAAAAUAUAUUGA